AUGGGCCAGGAUCGGAGCGGUAUAUCUGGGGAGACUGUCACCUCCAUCUCGGGUCGACUGGCGGACCUGCCUGAUCUCCGCCUCCCCGGCCAGCUGACGCGCAAUGGCGAAGUCGGGGUCGCAAAGCGCCGGGAGUAUGUUGCGGCCCUGCUGCAAAGGGACCCUGGCGUGUUCCUCGAGAGGCAUGGGGAACACCUGUCGGCAAACGAGCUGAUGCACUUUGAGUCCCUUCGGAGCGAUCACGAGGUAGAUUUCUAUCUUAAAGCCCUGGGAGAUGCGAGAGGUGACUCCAAGAGCUCAGCCCUCAUCCGCAACCGGCGACUGGCGCACAUGCAGCGGCUCAUGGCGGAGGGACAGGAGGGCGCGCUGCUGGACCUGAUGCAGCAAAGCUUCCUGGCGGGGCACGACCCGGGCAUAGACUACCCCGCCAUCGACGGCGAUGCCGAGCUGGACGAGCACUGGGCGCGCCUGCAGGCCCAGGAUGCAGAGGACCGCUACUUCUCGGACUGA